AUGGCAAUGCAGGAUACCAUAGAGAUGGGAAAUUCGCCUUCCUCAGUCCCAUGGAAAGCCGAUGAACUAUGGCAUCAGCCUUUUUACGUAUGGGCUACCAAGAACAACGAAUGGCAGCCUGUCCAAUCUACCGAGGUAUCAUCUGGAAAGAUGAAGGUCACGAAAAUAGCAGUAUACAGCUGGAACAUAGAUUUCAAUCUACCACACGCCAAGUCCCGAAUGAAUGCUGCCCUGAAGCACUUGGAAGAGCUUACCCGGCAGUACCGCUUGGAAGAGGACACAGCUGUCAUUGUCAACUUGCAAGAGUGUGUAUCAUCUGAUUUGAACACUAUCGGCGAGAAGGACUGGGUUCGUGAAGGGUUUUAUCGAACGGAUGUUGACAAGUCGGCUUGGGCUUCUGGGACUUAUGGUACAACCACGUUGAUUAACCGACGGCUUGAUAUAUCAUCGUGUUUCCGUGUACACUAUUCUGCUACCAAGAUGGGACGAGAUGCACUAUUUGUGGACGUAUCGCUGAAUUCCGAUGGAAGGAAGUUCAGGUUCUGCAAUACGCAUCUCGAGUCUCUUCCCCUUGAACCACCGCUUCGCCCAGCGCAAAUGCGCCUUAUCGCUUCACACAUGCACGCGGACGAUAUUGCCGACGCCAUUGUCACAGGGGACUUUAACGCCAUUCAGCCUUUUGACUGCUCUCUCCAUUCGGACAAUAAUCUCAAGGAUGCAUAUUUGGAGCUUGGCGGUGAAGAGGGCGAUGGACGAGGGGACGAUAAUGGGGGAUACACAUGGGGUCAACAGGCUUCUCCAAGAUUGCGGAAACUACAUGGAUGUUCUCGCUUGGACAAGGUAUUUUUCCGUGGCGAUAGUCUGCAACUUUUACAAUUUGAAAGAUUCGGAAAUGAUGUGGAGCCUGAUCUCGACGAAAAAGAUAUAAGAGAGGAAAUUGUUUCGGGUGGGUUUGAGCGGCCGUGGAUCACCGACCAUCUUGGUGUCAAGGCGUUAUUUGAAGUCAUUGUCUAA